UCAGCGGGCAGCGGGGCGGCUCCGCUUUCGCUUUCGCUCCCCGCGCCAGCGCGGCGAAGGGAAGGGAAGGGCCGGGCCGGGGCCUGGCGGGCGCACGGGCAUGGUACAGCCAGGGUAGGCCUCUGCAACCUGUUGAUCUUAAGCUGCACCAGGGGAGGUUCAGGUUGGACAUCAAGAAGAGUUUCUUCACAUAAGGUAUAUUGGACAACUGUUGACUUGAAAGCUGCUUUUAGGAUGUCUGAAGAUGAGGAAAAAGUUAAACUCCGCCGAAUCGAACCUGCAAUUCAGAAAUUCAUUAAAGUGGCAAUUCCAACAGAUUUGGAAAGGUUAAGAAAGCACCAAAUAAAUAUUGAGAAGUAUCAGAGAUGCAGGCUGUGGGACAGAUUGCACGAAGAGCACAUCAACGCAGGACGAACGGUUCAGCAACUCCGUGCCAAUAUGAGAGAGAUGGAGAAACUCUGUUUGCGAGUCCGGCAGGAAGAUAUCCCAGUUCUGCAGAGAAUGAUAAAUCCCAUUAAAGAGGAAGCUUCAACUGCCAUUAAAGACUUCCUGCAGCUGCAUUCUGAAUCUGCAGAAGAACUUAAAAGGCAACUCAAAGGACAGGAGGAUGCCUCUUUAACCAGAUCUGCAACUCUAGGACAAGAAACUUUAUAUAACACGGAAGUGAAGGAUGGCUCCCAAAGUCUGAUCCAGAUCUCCCGCCUUCCGGAAAUACCUCAGGAAGAAAAUGCAGCUGAGUCCUGGGAAAGUUUAGAAGGGGACUUGAUUGAGCUCAAUCAGUUGGUGACUGAGUUUUCUCUCUUAGUCUGUUCCCAGCAGGAGAAGAUUGACAGGAUUGAAGACCAUGUCAACAGUGCUGCUGCGAAUGUUGAAGAGGGAACCAAAAACUUGGGGAAGGCUGCAAAAUACAAGUUGGCAGCUCUGCCAGUGGCAGGUGCAGUCAUUGGUGGAGUGGUGGGGGGUCCUAUUGGUCUCCUUGCAGGCUUCAAAGUAGCAGGAGUUGCAGCUGCACUUGGUGGUGGGAUUUUGGGCUUCACAGGUGGAAAAUUGAUACAAAGAAAAAAGCAAAAAAUGAUUGAACAGGUCUCUUCCAGCUGUCCAGAGCUUUCUCACCAAAGUGCCAAAAAAUCCAGCUGAAGUAUAGAUUCAUUAUGGCCAGGAACAACAGUGUAGUAGCUGAGCUAAUGACAGACUUGCAGCCUUAUGCUUUAUAUACAAGGCUGAGUUGUGAAUUUUGAUGACAGUUCUGUUCCUUGGGAGGGCUGAAACAAUCGUGUCCGAA